AUGAACAUUAACCUUUUCAGGUGGAGGCAUUUAAAAAUACUUCCUGGGUCACAGCAAAAACUGACCUCACCGUUGCAGCAAGGGCCGAGGAAGUUGCCACAUGUAGCGCGUAGAAGCCUACGUCCCCCAUUCGGCACACUGUCCUCCGUCAGUGAGAGAACGAGCAAGGCGAGGGAAGAAAGCAUCGAGGGCUCCUCCGUAAGCGCGGAGCAAGAGAGCGGCUGCCACCGAGCGCUAAGGUGUCUCAUCUUCAUUGGCCUUUGGCUAGGUUUUCUCGCUGCCCUAGCGCUCACUAUAGUGGGUGUUUGGACGCGCUGUCGUAACUGCCUCACCGUGGGUGUCAUCCUCGCCAUCGUCUGCCUUGGUGUGGCUAUUCACAAUUGCCUUCGACGCGGUGAAGCUCUGCCUUCCAUCCCUAUUUACCUGGAAGGGGACAGCCAUCUCUCUUUAGACUGUGAGGCUCUCGACGUCUCCAAGUCGGAGGACGGGUUGGCCGAGGUGGAGAUGCAGGCGGGGAGAGAGAUGGAAGGAGGGAUAGCUUCCAAAUGUAGCUCACUAAACGGAGGUAUUCCGGUUCUCUCACGAACCGUAACUGCGUAUCCGGAAGAAAAUGGAGGCGUUGUCAAAGGCGACGAGGCUCGUAAGAGUGGACGCACAACGUUGGACGUGGAAGCGGGACUAGCUCAUAUUUUGAGGCCAAGGCGGCAUCGCGAGUCGGCGUUUGCGGGCCUCACACGCGCCAUCAUUACCACUCUGAUGCGCGCCGGCCGCGGCAGCAGUGGUGGUGGAGGGAACGGGGGAUUUCACCAUGCCCCUCGCAACGCCUGGAAUUCCAACUUCGAGGGGCACAUAGGCUGGCAAUCGGCGUUGGCUCGUCCCGAUCCCUUUUAUUCUACGGCGUACUAUCGAUAG